AGGACGCGUGUUGCUUCGCCCAGCGAUCGGCAGAAGUUGGGAGAGUUGGCGUCCGCCUCCCGCCUGCCGGACUUGGGAGCCGCGGCUAGAGCCGGCGAGCCCGCGGGGCCGCCUCCCUCCCGCCCAGCCCGCCGCGCAGGGGAGAGGGGCGCGGAGGGGGUCGCGAGCUCGACCAGAACUUGGAAGUGUGCGAAGGGAUGCGAGGCAGAUGAGGAGCGAGGAAACGUGAACAAAGUGGCGACCGCAGGAGGGACUCCACGGAGCUCGAUUGUCGCGGAGGACGCUCUGGGAGAGGGGCUGGCUGGGGAUUUUUUAUACCCCUUCCUCUCGCAUUCUUUGGCUCUCUUUUAAAGCCACACCAGCCCUCUCUCUUUCUUUACUAUCUCGAAUCCCCAAACCCUUGCUGGCUCUUAUGGGCAUGAAACACUCCUCCCGCUGCCUGCUCCUCCGGAGGAAAAUGGCGGAGAACGCAGUCGAAAGCACGGAGGCGAGCAGUGCCCCCCCUCAGCCCCCUCAGCCUGUCAUCCCAGCCAAGUCCGUGCAAUGUGUCCACCACGUGUCCACACAGCCCAGCUGCCCAGGACGGGGCAAGAUGUCCAAGCUGCUGAAUCCCGAGGAGAUGACAUCAAGGGACUAUUAUUUUGACUCCUAUGCUCACUUUGGGAUCCACGAGGAAAUGCUGAAGGAUGAGGUGAGGACCCUCACGUACCGGAACUCCAUGUACCAUAAUAAGCAUGUGUUCAAGGACAAAGUGGUGCUGGAUGUCGGGAGUGGCACAGGGAUCCUCUCCAUGUUUGCUGCCAAAGCAGGGGCCAAGAAGGUGUUCGGGAUCGAAUGUUCCAGUAUUUCUGACUACUCGGAGAAGAUCAUUAAGGCCAACCACCUGGACAAUGUCAUUACCAUAUUUAAGGGUAAAGUGGAGGAGGUGGAGCUGCCUGUGGACAAAGUGGACAUCAUCAUCAGCGAGUGGAUGGGCUACUGUCUGUUCUAUGAGUCCAUGCUCAACACGGUGAUCUUUGCCAGGGACAAGUGGCUGAAACCUGGAGGGCUUAUGUUUCCAGACCGGGCAGCUUUAUACGUGGUAGCAAUUGAAGACAGACAGUACAAGGACUUCAAAAUCCACUGGUGGGAGAACGUCUAUGGCUUUGACAUGACCUGUAUCCGGGAUGUUGCCAUGAAGGAGCCCCUGGUGGACAUCGUGGACCCAAAGCAAGUGGUGACCAAUGCCUGUUUAAUAAAGGAAGUGGACAUUUACACUGUGAAGACGGAAGAGCUGUCCUUCACAUCUGCCUUCUGCCUGCAGAUUCAGCGCAACGACUACGUCCACGCCCUUGUCACCUACUUUAAUAUUGAAUUUACCAAGUGCCACAAGAAAAUGGGCUUUUCUACAGCCCCUGAUGCCCCCUACACUCACUGGAAGCAGACCGUCUUCUACUUGGAAGACUACCUCACUGUCCGGAGGGGGGAGGAAAUCUAUGGGACCAUAUCCAUGAAGCCAAAUGCCAAAAAUGUGCGAGACCUCGAUUUCACAGUAGACUUGGAUUUUAAAGGACAGCUGUGUGAAACAUCUGUAUCUAAUGACUACAAAAUGCGUUAGCACAUGUGGGAAGCUGCAGAGAGCAAGCGAGAAGAGGCACUCACUUCAGCCUGCCACGCUGCCCCAGGAAUACUGUUAGGAGGACCACACUCGACAACCAGAGCUUUCCACUCUGCCUUGAAGAUUGGUGAACUUGCCAGGGCUCUCCGGGGCCCCACCAUGACGGGGAGCCCCCAGCUCCUCUGCUCUGCCCCCGGAGCCCUUCACAAAGGCGUUGCUGUUGCCUGUUGUGCAUUGGUGGGAGCUCCGAGGAUGGAAACAUACCCAUGUGCCCCCAUUGUCCUCCUAAACUGACUCUACGGAUCUUCCAAGUUUUGCAUGCUGCAGACAUCUAGGACAGGUUGCUUCCACUAGAACCUGGAGACAUAGUGUCUUUGAUAGCAUAAGCCAGAUUUCCCGUCUGUGCAGUGGUGAGUGUGUGCGUGUGUAUGUGUGAGUGUGUGCGUGCGCGCGCACGUGCUAGUGUGUGUGCAUACAGCAUAUAUAUUAAUUUCCUUGCCCACAAACAUCUGUAUAUGCAUGCAUAUACAACUAAGUGGGCGUACUUGGGCGUUCAUUCUGAGGGGCGUGUGCGCAUGUGUAUGCGCGAGUGUGGAUGUGUGUGCCUAGAAUCUAUAUUACUCUCAGAGGAGGUUCUGUUGCUUUUGAAUAGGAAUUUGUUUCGUGAUUAGUUUUCCCCACCCCGAUCCCUUAACAGAUGUUACGCAGCUAUGAAACAUUCUGUGUUCUAGCUCUGGUCUUGUUUUGACUAGACUGUGGCUCUGAAUCCUGAGCACAGUACCACGGGCUCUGUGGGCGCUCAAUAAACACACAUGAGAACGAA